UGCCCUGUGGCGAGGGUGGAGUGAGCAGGGUGGGUAUAAAGAGGGGAGUCAGCAGCUCCCAGAACAGCAGCCUCGGGCCACUGGGUUAACAGCUGGAGUCCAGAAGGGUCCUGCCACCCCUGCCGUCCGGAGACCCAGACCCCAGAGAGGCCGCCGCCACCGCAGACACAGCCGCCCCCCAAAAACCAGAGAUCCCAGGCACCGGCCAGGACUUCCAGAGAAGAGGAUGCAGCUGUGGGCAGCGGUCGCCUGCCUGGUCCUGGGCCUCCUGUCCUGGGGAUCGGAAGCCUGGUCCCACGGCAGCCCCUCCCGGGUGUCCCGCCUGGCCACGGACUUUGGGGUGAAGGUGUACCGGGAGGUGGUCCGGGGGUCGGGGGACCGCAACGUGGUCUUCUCGCCCUACGGCGUGUCCUCGGCGCUCGGCAUGCUCCAGCUGACGGCCGCGGGGCGUACACGGAGGCAGCUCGAGGAUGCCAUGGGCUACAGCCUGGAAGGUAAGAGGUGGCGAGGCCAGGAAAAGGGCCUGGCCCUCGAUCUCUGGCGGCUCAACAAGGAGCUCACAGGGCCCUGGAACAAGGACGAGGUCAGCACGGCGGACGCCAUCUUCGUCCAGAGGGACGUGGAGCUGGUUCCCGGCUUCAUGCCGCACUUCUUCAGGACUUUCCGGACCACGGUCAAACAAGUGGAUUUCUCCGAGGUGGACCGGGCCCUCUACAUCGUCAACGACUGGGUGAAGAAGCACACGGAAGGCGUGAUCAAUGACUUCCUGGGAGAGGGUGCAGUGGACCAGCUGACUCGCCUGGUGCUGGUAAACGCCCUCUCUUUCAAGGGGCAGUGGAAGCUGCCCUUCCCCCCCAAGGACACCCACAACCGGCUCUUCCAUAAGUCCGACGGCAGCACCGUCUCCGUGCGCAUGAUGGCCCAGUUGGGCAAGUUCAACUACACCGAGUUCUCCACCUCUGACGGGAACAUCUACGACAUCCUGGAGAUGCCCUACCACGGAGAUUCCCUCAGCAUGAUCGUCGCUGCUCCCUACGACAAGAACGUCCCCCUCUCUGCCCUCACAAGCAUCCUGGAUGUCCAGCUCAUCGACCAGUGGAAGGGCAACAUGACCAGGCUGACCCGCCUUCUGAUCCUGCCCAAAUUCUCCCUGGAGUGUGAAGCCGACCUGAGGAGACCCUUAGAGGGCUUGGGGAUGAAGGACAUGUUCAAACCCAGCCUCGCUGACUUCAGUAGCCUCUCAGACCAAGAGGCCCUGUACGUGUCUCGGGCCCUGCAGAAAGUCAAGAUUGAGGUGAACGAGAGUGGCACGGUGGCUUCCGCCGCCACAGCGAUCAGCGUCUCCGCCCGAAUGGCUCCCCUGGAAGUCAUCAUGGACCGGCCUUUCCUCUUCCUGGUGCGGCACAAUCCCACAGGAACCAUUCUCUUCAUGGGACAAGUGAUGGAGCCCUGACAAUCACCCAUCAGCCGGACAGCCACUAAUAAGAGGAACCACACAAGAUAGGAUCCACUGGCCAUUGCUUUUUCCUCACACGAAGAUCGGCCUUCUGCCUUUUGAAAAAUCACCUGUUCACUGACUCAGAAACCUUGGCUCACCCUCCCCGCCGAGAAGGCGUAACCAAGGCCUCCGCUCUAUUUCCUUCUCCAGCGCGGAGAAGUCCAGGGCUGGGGACAGGGUCCUUGAACCCGAUUCCCUAACCGCAUUCUUCCGGACGCCCGGAUCACUUGGCAACCUAAGAACUCUUUGGAGGUUGACUGAGGCCCUCCUGGAAGGGGGAAGAAGAAAAGCCCGGGAAGAUGGGUGGAAACGGAGGCGGUGGCCAUGACGGCUGUUGUGUCCACUUCCCUGGCCCACUGAGGACACUGUCGUCCCUCUGUCCUGAGGUCGGGGGAGUCGGGGGAAAGGGUGGGUAGAGGUGAGCACCCUGGAACGAAGGCAGGAUUUCCAGUCUCCCGGGAACGAGGAGGCAGGAUUCUGAGACUUCUUAUGAAGAUACAUCCACCCCUCACCUGGUUUCUUCAUUCAUUCAUUCAGUCAAUCGUAUUUAUUGAGCGCUUACUGUGUGCAGGGCCCUGUACGAAGCACCCUCUCCUACCACCCGGUAGCCGAGAUGACUGGACUAGAGUGGACCUGUUUACCAAGAAAGCGAAUACCUGGCUCCCCCCUUGCCCCUUAACUUCCAGGCGGAGCCGGAGAAUGUCCGGAUAAGCGGAUGUGCCGGGAUUUUCUCCCCAACUUCCCGAUUGGCAGAAAGAGGCCCCGGCUGUACGCGUGAACGUUACCUCUACCCCUGCCCUCGUGUGCCUGAGACAGAAAGGAAUGUAAAUGAGAUUAAUAUAUAGAUAAAGAUUAUAUAUGUAUA